GUACCUUUGAUGCAAAAUCAAGGACAGGCGGCAGGCCGAUCAAAAAGCAGAGUCCUGAGCUGUCCAGCCUCAGGGCACUCUUAAGACAGGUUUUGGGCGAUUGAACUUGAAACUGGGCUCUUCAAUUGAGCUUCUUGGAAGUCCUGAGGGACCUGCUCCUUUCCACCUUAGGUAGAGUUUUCUGCAAAGCGUAGAGUUUGCUGCAGAGCCGCCGACCGUGUUGGCGUCGUCCCAACACGUGAUCACCUCUGCAAACUUUGGAGCUAAACUGAGACGGCGGAACCAUGGGGGAGAGCCAGUAUUCCUUCUCCUUGACGACUUUCAGUCCAUCAGGAAAGCUGGUGCAAAUAGAGUACGCUCUGAACGCAGUAAACGCUGGAGCCACUUCUUUGGGCAUCAAAGCCACAAAUGGAGUCGUGAUAGCUACAGAGAAAAAGCUGCCGUCAAUUCUGAUAGACGAGGACUCGGUCAAGAAAAUAUCCUUGUUGACAGAGAAUAUAGGCGUCGUGUACAGCGGGAUGGGUCCAGACUCUCGAGUGUUAGUCAGAAAGAGUCGGAAGCAGGCGCAGGCGUACCAUAGACUAUACGAGGAGAACAUCCCGGUUACGCAACUCACAAGAGAAAUCGCGACAGUCAUGCAGGAGUUCACGCAAUCCGGGGGCGUCCGACCGUUUGGCGUGUCGCUGCUGGUGGCGGGGUACGACGCCGACGGCCCGCACCUCUUCCAGGUCGACCCCUCCGGCUCCUACUUCGCCUGGAAAGCGUCCGCCAUCGGCAAGAACAUGGUCAACGCCAAGACGUUCCUGGAAAAGAGGUAUACGGAAGAUAUGGAGCUGGAGGAUGCCAUCCACACCGCCAUCCUCACGCUAAAAGAAGGGUUUGAGGGCCAGAUUGCAGGUGACAACAUUGAGAUUGGUAUCAUCGGGCAGGACCAAAAAUUCAGGGUAUUGAGCGUCGCAGAAGUUAACGACUACCUUGCGGAGGUUGAAUAAGACGGAAGUGCACCUUUGGUUGUAUAUCUCAGGAAGAUAAGCAUACCUUGUUCUCUGGAAACGUUGCUCAGAAGCGUCUCUUGUGUUCAGGAUGGCUGUCAUGCGAUUGUGCUUACUUAGUUGCCCAACUCACUUGGUAGACAAGUCAGUGCAUCAAGGCAUGGCAUGUAUUAGUGCAGAUUUUGGGUGUGGCUUGCCUUGUCUCAUGUCCAUGGAUUCUCUGCAAU